GACAUCACCCUAAAAUCAGGAACCAGCAGCAGACUCACACACAUACCCAAAAAUAAAGAAGUAACAAACAGAAAGCCCGAUCCUUUUGGUCACGCUUGCUGUUAGGCUAACGUGCUACUUGCACUGUCUCUGUAGCCACUUUCUUUUAGGGGCCCUGGGAGAUAGCUGUGUGGCCCCCACUGGAUAAGGUGCGUGCUUCUGUGUGUGUGUACGAGAUCUUUGGUUUCAUUUGGUAAGAGGAAAUUUCGAGUUGUGCAAUGGCUCGGGGACAGUUUUGAAAGCCAUUGAGAAAGGGUUAGCGCAAAGAGCUAGAGUGAGCGAAGGGGAGAAGACUCCAUGUUGCCUUCAUUCAGAAUGGAGGGGUACAUCAUCCCACCUAAAAUAACCCGGACUGGCUGGAUGUCACAGACACCAUCUGAAUUUAAAGAUUACUGGGCACUUGUAAACAAAGAUCCAUCGGAAGAAAUGAUCUAUGAACCUGACAUCUAUCGGCCACCAAUGGAAUACCAAUACAUAAUCGAUGGAGAAGGCCAAAGUGAUCACACUUGGGAGUACAACCCCCACCCUAUCCACUCAGGAGACUUUGAGAAUCUGCCAGAGAGCCACUUCACGGAGCUGCAGAGUGUGCCACAGGUUCACCCGUCCAGCGUGCAUCAGCGCUUCAGUGAGAUAGAGUCCAGCCACUUUCUCGACCCCAGUCUGCCUGGACCCCACCUUGCCCUCUCCUCUCCACAGAUGACGUAUUUGCCCCGGCCGUCGGUGUGUUACCCCCACAGCGUGCAGCCCUCACCUCUCCUGCGGAGUUCAGAUGAUGACGACCCCGGCAGCCGUAGCCCACCGCUGGAGGUUUCCGAUGAAGAGUGUAUGAGGGACCACAUCAGCUCCACUACCGGAGUAGAACACGGAAACAAGAAGAAGAUUCGUCUGUAUCAGUUCCUGCUGGACCUUCUGCGAAACGGGGACAUGAAGGACAGCAUCUGGUGGGUGGACAGAGAAAAGGGAACUUUCCAGUUCUCUUCCAAACACAAAGAGGCUCUGGCCCACCGCUGGGGCGUGCAGAAGGGCAACCGCAAGAAGAUGACCUACCAGAAGAUGGCCAGGGCGCUGAGAAACUACGGCAAGACCGGAGAGGUCAAAAAGAUCAAGAAGAAGCUCACCUACCAGUUCAGCGGCGAGGUGCUCGGGAAGAGCCAUCUAGAUAGGAAGCUGUAUAUGUAAAGCGAUGGGAAAGAAAGAAAGGAAGAAAGAAAGAAAGGAAGACGACAGAGACUUGGUGCACGGAAGAUGAUCUCUUUCUGUUCAAGAGAGUUCUGCUCAUUUGGACUUCGAGCAUCACACUCUUUCGGUUGGCCGACCUUUCGUGUUUUCUUUAACAUUCCAUUUUAUAUUAUUCACCUUUGCAUUAAUGAAAUGAACUUUGUCUUUGAACUAUUAGCCCACAGAUCACAAGUCCAUUACAGGUGCAGGGCCACAUGUGAAAACAUUUCAUGUUUGCCACGUAUAAAAAAAGUCCUGAGGGUGAAGGUGAAAAUAAAUGUAAAGUAAAACGCAUAGUGAGUUAUAAAACUAAACCAAAUGGCUCUCAAGCAGGGGCAGUUGUUAACUUCUACGCUGAGCAUGAUGGGGGGAAAAAAAAUCACAAAAAUACAAAAGCAGAAGUGAAAACAAAUGACACAGGCUCACGCUGUACGGAAAAUACGGCACUUGUCUCGUCUGGCCAGCACACACUGGGUGACUUUUAGUCUCUGUUUUUACCCUCCCAGCAAGGGUGCUUUUCUUAACAACACUUAAAAAUAAAGGUUACUAAAUGGUUCUUAGCUCAGAUGUACGGUUCUAGGAAACCUUUAGUUGGCAUAGAAUUUUUGCAUUAUGUAGAGGUUCUUUAAAGGGCCUAUAUUCUUUUUUGUGUGUAUUAUAUUUUAUUUUUUUUCCCAGAGAUUGACUUAUAAUCUUUGUAUGGUAUUAAGUAAAACAGCCCUUAUUCAUGUUUCAUGCCAACCCCUAUUUAUCUCUUCAGAAUUAAACAGGCUGUUUUUAUUACUGUGCUUUUAAAACUGAUGUAUUUAAAAGAACUCUGUUCUGAUUG